AUUUAGCUGAGUAUUUUAAAAAAAAGGUUGCUUGUUGGCUCUUUUUUUUUGUUGUUACCUUUUCUUUUUUCAACGAAGCAAAAAGGAAAGGAAAAAAAUUAUCAUGGAGGGAGGUUUCAAUUAUUUUGAGUGCCCCUAUUGCAUUAGUUUUUAUUUUGACGAGGAGUUUGUGUAUGCCAGCUCCUUUAAUAGUGGGAGCGACAUUAGACAUAAAUUGGACCUAUUCAAAGAUGAAAUUUGCAAGGCAUCUCUUAUAUACGAUGCCACCACAGGCCAAAUUUUAGGCGAAGAAAAUAUUGCAUACACUCAAAGACCUUCAGAAGAUAAUGACACAAUCGUUUAUGUCGAAAACGUUUUUAUGGAAUUAAAUGGCAUAUAUCUAAAGAGGAAGUCACUUUCUUACAAAAGCAGCUUUUAUGAUGAUAACGUUUUACACACAGCGGUGCUGUUUUUGCGAAGAGUCGGUAAUCGCUUUCGUACAAGAAUCGGAAUCUUGGGUCAAUGCAUUUCCAGUUAUCACUACUCAUUAAAUAUGCCUCCGCACUGGGAUCCUACAAUCAAGGACGAACUAAUAUGGAAUCUUUUUGUUGAGGCUGAGCUAGUGAGAAAAGAUGAUCAUCGCGGUAAAAUAAUAUUCCACGAUCAAAUAGAUACAAAGUUAAAAGUGGCUACAAUGCACUAUAAAGGCCUAAGAAAUGGCUCGUAUGUCAUUUAUAUUAAAAGAUGAAGUUGCUAUAAGGCCAAUGGAAUCCUUUUAUUUUACUAUUCCCCUCGUAUACAACACAAGUAAAGGCAUAAAGACUUGUCUAGAUAGUCGGGGGUAUUAAAGCAGAUUCAAACUUGGUUGAACAAUUGAAUCAGC